AUUGAUUUUGUAGUUUACUUGUAAUUAGCAGUAUAGAUUAGCUAGGGUUUGCUACAAUGUGAAACCUUAAUGUUCAUGUGUACUGAGUAUUGAGUGACAUUAGUUUUAUGGAAUUCAAAUUAAAUAUAAAGUAUCCAUUGAUUAUUGUUUGUGCAGUUACAAGUAUGAAAUUUCAUGUGUUCUUUGAGUGUGUAUUUUGCGCUUGAGCGGACAAUAACAGGUUUGAGUUCUGAGUCAACUUUAUAUUGUGAAAAAUGUUUGGAGACGCAACCAACUGGAAUGAGGAUGCAUACAAAGAGAGCAUUCUAAAAGAUCGAGAAAUCCAAACCCUAACUGUCUUUAGAACUGCGUGGCCACCAUCUUCAAACACGAACCCCAAUACUAUCGUCCUCGCCUCCAGCGACGGCUCACUCACCUCUUACUCCAUCUCCGAAAUUCCAUUGGGUUUUAGUGAUUCAAGGGCACCACAGGUUAAACCUAAUGCAUUCCUUCAAGGACAUGAUGGACCUGCCUAUGAUGUCAAAUUUUAUGGCAAUGCUGAAGAAGAUGCUUUGUUACUAAGUUGUGGUGAUGAUGGUCGAAUUCGAGGAUGGAGGUGGGAGGAAUUUAUGCAAUCUCAGGUGCCUGUUGCUUUGCAAGGAAACCACAUACAGCCAGUAGUUGAUAUGGUGAAUCCCCAGCACAAGGGUCCUUGGGGUGCUUUAUCCCCAAUUCCAGAAAACAAUGCCAUUGCAGUGGAUACCCAGGGGGGUUCCAUUUUCUCAGCUGCUGGGGAUUCUUGUGCAUAUUGUUGGGAUGUGGAAACUUGUAAGAUCAAAAUGUGUUUUAAGGGACACUUGGACUACUUGUAUUGUAUAGUUGCUCGUAACUCCGCUAAUCAGAUCAUAACUGGUUCAGAGGAUGGUUCUGCAAGACUUUGGGAUUGCAGAAGUGGAAAGUGUAUCUGGGUAAUUGAUUCAGUGAAGGAUGAGAAGUUCAAAGGAUUUUCCUCAUCUGUCAGCUGCAUUGCUCUUGAUGCAAGUGAGAGCUGGUUGGCUUGUGGCAGUGGUCGCAGCUUAUCGGUCUGGAAUCUUCCUGCUUCUGAAUGUGUUUCAAGGAUGUGCACUCGUGCAUCCAUACAGGAUGUAAUAUUUAGUGGCAAUCAAAUUCUAGCUGUCGGAGCAGAGCCUGUAAUGAGUCAAUUUGACAUAAAUGGGGCAGUUCUUUCUCAAAUACCAUCUGCUCCUCAAUCAGCAUUCUCUGUUUCUGUACAUCCAUCGGGGGUGACUGCAGUUGGAGGUUAUGGGGGUCUUGUAGAUAUCAUCUCUCAGUUUGGAAGCCACUAUUGCACUUUCCACUGCCAAUGCGUCUGAAGAAGAAAUUAAUCAUUAUUUCUGGGAUUGUAAUUGGAUGCUAGAAAUUAUAGGUGAGUUACCUGCAUGGACUUUGAGACGUUGAAGGGUAGCAGGCACUUAAUUGCAGGAUUUUCCAUGGGUCGACCAAAAUAUAUGGUGGUGGUUAACAUGUCAUCGAAAUGAUGAACUGUGGGAUACCUGGAUAUGUUCUGUUACUGUAGAGAAGGUUCCUUUGACCUUUGUAUUGCCAUGUUUUCUUCCAGCAAUUGAGAUAUUAAGCUGCAUGCAUAGGGCAAACAAUGCCAUUCAUAUCUAUGAUUUUUUUUUUUGUUUCAAGUAAAAUGCUUGUGUUUUUCUGUAUGGUGA